GGCGAAUCGACUUAUCCCUCCUCUUCAAAGCUCUAACAUACUUCUCAUAUGCUCAAAUGUCCCUUUUGACUUUCAAAACCAAACCUCAUGCAUAAUCAAAAUACUUGAUAACCAUGCUCACCCAUGAGUCGAUCCAUCGACUCAAAGGCAUACUCAACACUAAUUUUACAAGGAAAAAACGAUUUGAAAAUAACCCGACCUGAAAUCAGACACUAGAUAGAUCUACUACAUACAAAAUUGUAAACCGAUCCAGCUAAGAAACGGAUCCAAUAUUACCCGCCUUGUGUAUCCAUAAUUCAGCAUUUUUACUCCGAAUCAGGGAGAAACAAAAGGGAAAAAAAACUUGAAGAGGAAAAAAUGGCAGGUGGGCAUGGCGGUCAUGGAACAACUUACAAGGGAAUGACUAUUCACACUCCUAAACGAUGGCAUUCCGUCACGGGAAAGGGAAUGUGUGCUCUUAUGUGGUUCUGGGUUCUUUACAGAGCUAAACAAGACGGUCCAGUUGUAUUGGGUUUGAGGCAUCCUUGGGAUGGGCAUGAUGAUCAUGGACAUGAUGGGCAUUAGACAGACAUCUGGCAGCUAAUUAUGCAGCUGGAUGGUAAAAAGAUAUGCUGUAUGAUCUGAUCAUGAAUGUAAUAUCAGACACUUGAAUUUUUAUGUCUAACAAUUCGAUUUUCAAUUACGAUGUCAAAUUCUGGUGUUGCCGCUGGUACUAAAUGUUGCCCUUCUGUUGUUUAUGUUAUAAUUACAAUGAAGGCCAAACAUUGUCUUCACCUAAUAAUGUUGCUUGUUCUUUAUGGGUCA